AUGAUGAUGAAGUGCCGUCUGCUGUGCGCCCUGUUGGUGCUCGCCCUGUGCUGCUGCCCGUCCUUAUGCGCGGCUGAUUCACCGGGGAAGCCUUCAGUUUCCGAAGUUCAAGUUGAUGGUAAAGGCACCGGUCAAUUGUCCCAUGCACCUGGAGAAACACCAGCCACGACGGUCGGUUCGGCAGUUCCGGGGCCGGUUGAACGGGGAAGCGAAGCUGGACAUGGUGGAGGUGCGACCAAGCCAGAACCGCAACCAAAUGCUGCUUCCAAUAAUUUACAAGAAGGUGAUGAUAUGAAAAAGGCAGAAAAUGGCACGAGUUCGUCCGCAGAACACAGAAAUAAGAGUGAAGAAGAUUCCGCCCAGAAGACCACGACAACUGCAACCACUACAACAACGACGACAACCACCACCACGACCACUGCGCCAGAGGCAUCAAGUACUACGAAUACCGAGGCGCCAACUUCGACGACCACCCGCGCACCGUCACGUCUUCGCGAAAUCGACGGCAGCCUCAGCAGCUCUGCGUGGGUGUGUGCCCCGCUGCUGCUCGCCGUAUCCGCGCUGGCGUACACCACUCUGGGCUGA